CUUCCUGCUGCACGCUCAAACAAGCUUUGUUUGUGAAUUGUGAGCUAGCUUGGCUGCCCUGGUACCGGCACACAGUCUUGUAGGCCUAGUGGUAAUUACAUAGUUUUACGAGCUUAAAUCAUAAUAAUUUUGUAAUAUUACUUGGCUUAAAAAAAGAAAGCAGUAGUGUGCAACAUGUCUGCUCGAGGAGGUGCAAAAAAACGAGGAGGAAAGAGCAUUUCUAGGUCUGCUCGUGCAGGAGUUCUUUUUCCCGUAGGCCGAAUGCAUCGCUAUCUUCGUUUAAAUACUGUGAAGUACAGGAUCGGAAUGGGUGCACCUGUGUACUUAGCCGCUGUGAUCGAAUACUUAACAGCGGAAGUAUUAGAGUUGGCUGGGAAUGCAGCAAGAGACAAUAAGAAAAGCCGUGUUACUCCUCGACAUAUUCUACUUGCAAUUGCUAACGAUGAGGAACUCCAUCAGCUGUUGAAGAACGUUACAAUUGCAAGUGGCGGUGUGCUACCCCGCAUUCACCCAGAGCUUCUCCAAAGAGGAAAACGUGGGGCCAAAAGUAAAAUUAUCUAUGACGGUGCUGUUCGCCCAGCCCCGGCUCCUAAGAAAAUGAAAAUGCCUCCAAAAAAGAUGUACAUGAAGAAAGCGGCAGCUGCGGCGGCAGCACAAGCCAAGAACACUGCUGGAAACUCUUCAUCAGAUAAAGGAAAGGCUACAGCUGCAGCUUUAAAGAAAUCUGGUCUGUCUAUUUUAUCAGAGAAGAGGCUUUUCCUUGGUCAAAAGCUUACUGUGAUUCAGGCAGAUAUAUCAAGCAUACCAGCAGAUGUGAUUGUGAACCCUACUAAUGACAACUUCUACAUGGGAGGUCAAGUUGGUGUAGCUCUUGAGAAGGCUGGUGGAAAAGAAUUUAUGAAUGAAGUGGAAAAAUUAAAAGCGAAUCAACAAACCCUUGAUACAGCUGGAGCUGCCAUCUGUCCAGGUCACAAUUUUCCUGCCAAGUGGGUGAUCCAUUGUAACAGUCCAGUGUGGGGUGGCACCAGCAAUAACGUAGCUAUACAAAGGUUAGAGAGCUGUGUCAAGAACUGUCUGGCGUUAGCUGAUGAAAAGAAUUUAGCAUCUAUUGCACUGCCCUCAAUCAGUAGUGGAAGAGCUGGAUUUCCGAAGCAAUCAGCUGCAGAAACCAUACUAAAAACCAUUAGUAAUUAUUUUGUAAGUGUAAUGGCAUCAUCUUUAAAACAAGUCUACUUUGUUUUGUAUGACAUGGAAAGUAUUGGCAUAUAUACAAGUGAGUUAGCUAAGUUAGAAACAGAUUGAUUGAAAAUUGAUUCUGUUUGAGGUUUUCAUAAGUACAAAUAAAAUUAUCAUUGAAAAUCAUGAUAUAAUAAUACAUUAGAUUGUUGGUGUGUGGAUGUUAUGUAUAGGAGCAUUUGUGUGUGUGUGUGCAUACAAGUGAGUAGCAGUGUUAUGUAAUAGUACAUUCUUUAGUUGUAUUGUCUUACAGAUUAUUUACUUUUACCGAAAGGUCCACUGAUUAAUCUCAGAUAAGAUAGUAUAAUACAUACUCCAAGUAUCGAAAUGCACGCCAUCGUGUCGGGAUUCAAUAUUUCAAUAUUAAUUAUGUCA